AUGUCUGAAUCAUCGCAAACAACAAAGUCUGCACGUUCUACUCGAUCAAAGGCAAAGAUCGAAUCUGCUCUAAUCAUCAAGGAUGUUGUACCGGUUACAACUGUUCGUGCUUUCAAACCCAAAGUUCAAUCAAAAGAAGGAACUGGAACUGCUGAUGAGGGUAUCUCUGAAGAUGAAGAGGACACUCAGUCUGAAGAAAGCAACCAGUCAAUACCCACAGAAGAACCAGAGAUUGAAGCUGACAAAUCUGCAGAAGUUGAGAAGGAAAAAGAAAAGGAUCAUUAUGAUCCGUUUAAUGAGAUGGACAAUAUGAUAACUAAUGCCCUUGGGUUUAAUACGCCGAUUUAUGUGCCAAAUGAUGUCGACGACCCUGCUGAUGAUGAAUAUGACGCUGAUGUUAACGUCGAGAGACCAAAUGAGGAAGCCCAGCGAUUUUUUGAUCUUUUGAAAGAGACAAAUACACCGUUGUGUGAAGGCUCUCGAGACUCAAAGUUAACGGUGUGUAUUAGACUUUUGGGUAUCAAGUCUGAAUGUCUUGUUUCAGAAUACACCAUGGACUUGACAACAAAACUGAUGUUGGAUAUAACAAUAGACCGUCCUCUUGAUUUGCCAAAAAAUUAUUACGAAGCAAGACAAUUGGUUGCAAAGUUAGGACUCGGAGCGAAGAGAAUUGACUGUUGUGUUAACGGGUGUAUGUUGUACUAUAGCAACGAAUUUGGUGUAGAUGACGGUGCAUUACUUGAAUGUAAAUUUUGUCAAGAACCAAGAUAUCGUGUAACAAGAAAUUCACGGUCAGUCAGAAGGAAGCCAAUCCCAAGAAAGGCGAUGUUCUAUUUACCCAUAAUACCAAGGUUGCAAAGGUUGUAUGCAUCGAUGCAAACAGCCAGUAAAAUGACAUGGCAUCGUGAAAACUAUGAAAGGAGAAAAAUGUCAGAUGGAUUUACACCAUAUACUCAAGUAUCAGCCACUCCAUAUUCAUGUUGGCCUGUUCUGGUUACCCCGUACAAUCUUCCUCCUGAUAUGUGCAUGUCAAAACCUUACAUGUUUUUAGCCGCUGUAAUACCAGGCCCAUCUAGUCCAACUGUUGGUAUUGAUAUCUAUUUACAACCUUUGAUUGAUGAUUUGAAGAGAUUGUGGAACGGUGUUGCGACGUAUGAUAUCAACCAAAAACGAAAUUUCAAUAUGAGAGGAGCUUUGAUGUGGACCAUUAAUGAUUUUCCUGCAUAUGGGAUGUUGUCUGGAUGGGGGACACAUGGUAAACUAGGAUGUCCUAUUUGCAUGAUGGACACCAAAGCGUUUUGGUUAGAAAACGGUGGGAAGGCUACUUGGUUUGACUGUCAUCGUCGGUUCUUGCCUACUGAUCAUCCGUUUAGAAGAAAUAAAAAUGCUUUUGUUCAUGGUGACACCGAGACUCGUGAUCCACCAGAUUAUUUGACAUCCCGACAAGUCUGGAACAAAGUGAAAGAUAUUCCAAAGGUUGAGGUUGUAGGUGGUGUUGCAUCUAAACCGCGUGGUUAUGGACAAACACACAACUGGACAAAAAGAAGAAAAACGAAAGAUAAUGACAACGCGAGGAGAGACAUAGGGUUGUAUUGCAAACGUAACGAACUGUUGUUGGUGGAGACAUCUAACGGCAAACUUCUUAAACCUCGUGCAAACUAUACUUUAUCUCCUGAAGAAGCAAAAUCUGUUUGUCGAUGGGUAAAAGAAGUGAAGAUGCCGGACGGUUAUUCGUCGAAUUUGGCGAGAUGCGCUGAUGUUGACCAUGGAAGGAUGCGUGGGAUGAAAAGUCAUGAUUGUCAUGUUUUUUUCCAGACUUUACUUCCGAUUGCAUUUAGUUCUUUACCCCAACAUGUAUUGAAUCCGCUUAUUGAAAUCAGUCAAUUUUUCAAGAAUUUGUGUUCGACAACGCUAAGAGAGGCUGAUCUCAUCAAGAUGGAAAAUGACAUUCCACUGAUCUUGUGUAAGUUGGAGAGAAUAUUUCCUCCUGCCUUGUUUGAUUCUAUGGAGCAUGUUGUGGUGCAUCUUGCAUACGAGGCUAGGCUUGGUGGGCCGGUUCAAUAUAGAUGGAUGUACCCGUUCGAAAGGUUCAUGGGUUAUGCAAAACGUGCCGUGAAAAACAAAGCUAGGGUCGAAGGCUCAAUUUGUGCAACAUACUUACACCGCGAAACAAUUUACUUUUGUUCGCAUUACUUCAAAGACACGUUGUCAUCAAGCCAUAUUCGCAAUGAAACUGAAACAUCUCGGCCUGUGAGAAUUCACCCAUUAAACAUGUCAAUAUUCAACUUGCGUGGUCGUAAUGGUGGUGGUGAGAAAGUGUUGUAUCCUGGUGACAAAGUUCUCUAUUCGGCGCAUGUUCACUUGCUGAUUAAUUGCAAUGAAGUCGAGCCAUAUUUACAGAUGUUUUUAACACAACAUACUUCUGCUCAAAUCAAUUCGCAAUUUCCAGCAUGGUUCAAAGAAUACAUGUACCAACAAACACCCGCAACUCGUGUCAUACAACACUUGAGAAACUUAUCUGAUGGCCCAAAGUCAACCGUUAAACAAUGGCACACCUACUUUGUCAAUGGUUACAGAUUUGAGACACACAGUUGGAGUGAAGGAAAAACAACAGUAAACAGUGGAGUGUGUAUGAAAGGUGUGACUGAAAAUGGUGAAGGAGAUUUUUACGGUGUCAUUGAGAACAUAUUUGAAAUCGAAUACAAUUACCUUGAUUACAAGAAAACAGUCGUGUUGUUUUACUGUAAAUGGUUUGAUCCUUCAAAUAGAGGUACCAGAUAUGAUUCAAAGACUAAUACCGUGGACAUAAAAAUGAACAAACAUUAUCCAUUGUAUGAUCCGUUUGCUAUGGCUCAUAACGUCAGACAAGUUCACUAUGUCCCUUAUCCAUCGACUACAAGGGAUAAGCGAGGUUGGUGUGCCGCAAUAACAUCAAAACCAAGGGGUCUGAUUGAAAAAAAUGAGAUAGAUGAACGUGAAGAUGAACCAUAUCAGGAAGAUGAGAUGUCCAAUGUUGAUGAUGUCAUUGCAGUUGAAACUUUUAAUCAACUUUGUGUACAAGAAGAAGCCGAAGAAGUACCUUCUGAUGGUGAUAUUGAUGAAGAGGACGUCGAAGCUAAUGGUGAUGAUGAAGGCAGUGAUGAUGAAGAUGUAUCAGAUUGGGAUGACAAUUAAUUUUAUAAUAUAGUUAUCC